GAGCAAUGGAAGUGCAUCAUGAAAAUGAUAGAAGACUGUAAGCCUUCAUCUCAUGAAGAAAAACUAUCAGGACAUGCCUUCGAAGACGCCGAUUGGAGUGGGUAGAUGGAUCGGGGGAGUAUAUUAUUUUCACUUUCUUGAUCGGAUUCAGGCGCUCUCAAUCUCUGCUUCAUCGUCACGUGAUCUUUGGCAUUCAAGAUUAGGACACCCCUCCAAGAAAGUGUUGAGACUAGUCAGUAGACAUAAUGAAUAUUUGUUUGAUGUUGAUUUUCAAAAUAAUUGUGAUGCUUGCUCACGUGUCAAGCAAACUCGUGAUGUUUUUAAUAAUAAUUUAGCAAGAGCAGUUGAACCAUUUGAAAUGAUA